CACGUCCCCCUUGUCCCCAUCUCUGUGUGUCCCUGCGGCCCCUUUUCCCCAUUUCUUCCAUGCCCCACAUCCCUACAUCCAAGUUCCCAUUUCCCAUGCCCCAUAUCCCCAUGUCCUUGUACCCCUGGGUCUCAAUGUCCCCACGCCCUGUGUCCCCCUGAGUCCUUGCAUCUUUGGAUCCCCAUGGCCGCCAUGUCCCCGUGUCUCCUGUCCUCACACCCCCCCAUAACUCCCUUGUCCCUCAUUCCCCAUGUCCCUGUAUCUCUGGGUCUCCACAUGCCUACAUUCCCAUUUCUCCACGUCCUCCAUCCCUUCCACAUCCCAUGUCCCCAUGUCCUUGCCCCUCUGUGUCCCCAUGUCCCCACACCAAGCCCUCUACCCUGCAGGUACGAGGAGGAGAUCAACCACCGCACUGAGAAGGAAAAUGAGUUUGUGCUGCUGAAAAAGGAUGUGGACGAAGCAUACAUGAGCAAAGUGGAGCUGGAGUCACGGCUGGAGAGUCUGACGGAUGAGAUCAACUUCCUGCGGCAGCUCUAUGAUGAGGAGCUGCGGGAGAUGCAGUCGCAGAUCUCCGACACCUCCGUGGUGCUGUCCAUGGACAACAGCCGCAGCCUGGACCUGGACAGCAUCAUUGCAGAGGUGAAGGCGCAGUACGAGGACAUCGCCAACCGCAGCCGGCUGGAGGCUGAGACCUGGUACCAGAGCAAGUACGAGGAGCUGAAGACGACAGCUGGUAAACACGGCGACGACCUGCGCAGCACCCGCAGCGAGAUUGGCGAGCUCAACCGGAUGAUCCAGAGGAUCCAGGCUGAGAUCGAGGUGCUCAAGAACCAGCGAGCCACUCUGGAAACGGCCAUCGCAGAGGCAGAGGAGCGUGGGGAGAUGGCCCUGAAGGAUGCCAGAGCCAAACUGUCUGAACUGGAGGCGGCUCUGCAGAAGGCAAAGCAGGACCUGGCCCGGCAGCUGCGCGAAUACCAGGAGCUGAUGAAUGUUAAGCUGGCACUGGACAUCGAGAUUGCGACCUACAGGAAGCUGCUGGAGGGCGAGGAGAGCAGGUUGGAGUCAGGAAUGCAGAACCUCAGCAUCCACACCCGGACCACGGGGUUCUCGGGAGGAUUCGGGGGGGGCUUUGGGAGCUCCUUCUCCACAGGUUACACUGUGACCCCCCCAGCACUGGAGAGUGCAGCUGUCCCCAAAUCUCGUGCCAUCGUCAUCAAGAAGAUCGAGACCCGUGAUGGCAAGCUGGUGUCUGAGUGUGCUGAUGUCCUCACCAACUGAGCCCCCCCUGCAGCCCUCUGGAGACCCCAAAAGGAAUGCAACCCCCCGGGACCCUCCCCUUGUUCUGUCCCUGCACCCUGAGCCAGCACCCUGCUGUCCGUCCAUCUGUCCCCUGUCUCCCUGUGUCUGUACAAGCUACAGGAUGGGGUGGGAGCUAUUGGGGUGCCCCCCACCCCUGAGAUCCCCCUCACACCUCCGGUGCAUGGGUGGGGGGUGUUGAGGACCUGCAAUAAACCCAAUAAACCCAA